GCAGAUGAAUCAGAAUACCUCCACCCAAAUUCUAAAGGUUGCGCCAAACCUAUUAACGAUAUCAAUGAUCACGAACAACCUGAUAGAAUGGACCUUCUAAUGACUAAACUAGACGCAGUCUCAACACAAUUAGGUCGUCUUCAUAAAGAUCUACAAUUCACCAAUAAAAGAGUUUCUACUAUGGAAUCCCUUCUUAAAAUAUAUUUGACUUCUCCAAAACAAGCUGCCAUCAUCAAUGCUUAA